AUGCUAAAAUUGAUUUUAAUUGGAGAAAGUGGAGUUGGAAAGACAUCAUUAAUACAACGAUAUGUAAUGAAUAAAUUUGAGCCAACAUACAAAACAACGAUUGGAUGUGAUUUUUUGGCUAAAACAGUCUAUGUUGAAAAUAAAGAAUAUAACCUUCAAAUUUGGGAUACAGCUGGUCAUGAAAAAUUUUCAAGUAUGGUUUCAUCUUUUUAUAGAGGAAGUGAUGGAGCAAUUAUUGUAUUUGACGUAACAAAUACAAGUUCAUUUACUGCUAUUGACACAUGGAUUAGUGAAUACUCACGAGCACUCAAUGGAAAAGAUGUGCCAAUCAUUAUAUGUGGAAAUAAAGUGGACUGCCAACCGAGGUUAGUUUCAACUGAAAGUGCUCGUCAAUGGUGUGAAGGAAGAAAUUACUCAUAUAUAGAAACAAGUGCUGCAACAGCCCAAGGAGUUAAUGACUUAUUCAUGGAAGUUGUUAAAGUUAUUAUAGAAAAUAAAGAAGACGAUAAUGGUGAUGAUUUAAACCCUGUUCCUAUUGCACUUGAAACAAAGUCUGAAAGUGGUUGUUGUUAA